CUUCUCUCGGGUCGGGUGGCUGGGGCCGGAGACCCGACGGGCCCUGCGGAGGUCUUAGUGCGGCGAGCCCCGCGUGUUUUGUUCCUGUGCGGACACACUCGAGUGGCUUGAGUCUUAAAUGACGAUUUAACAGGCUUCCUAACUCGGAGGAGCCCAUUCCUGGCACCUCCAGCUCUCUUGCACCUAUGACACAUGUUUUAGAAACAGAACAUUUUGGUUCAAAGAAAGAAUGGCUCUCAGUCCAUCUGUAUUUCCUCAAGAAAGUGAAAAAAACAAUGCAAAUCAUGUGGAAACAAAACAGUCACAAACUGCUUCCAUAGCUUCAGAUGACCCUCUUCAGAACUUAUGCUUAGCAUCUCAAGAAGUGCUUCAUAAGGCUCAGCGGAGUGGGAGGUCACGGUGUCUCCAAUGCGGUGGCUCAAGGAUGUUCUACUGCUACACCUGCUAUGUCCCAGUGGAAAAUGUGCCCACUGAGCAGAUUCCACUUGUGCAACUCCCACUGAAGAUCGAUAUCAUCAAGCAUCCAAAUGAAACGGACGGCAAGAGCACUGCUGUGCACGCAAAGCUUUUGGCGCCCAACUCUGUGAGCAUCUACACAUAUCCGUGCAUUCCAGAGUAUGAAGGAAAGGAUCACGAGGUUGUACUUGUUUUUCCUGGGCCUCAGUCCAUCUCAAUAAAAGAUGUCUCUUUUCAUCUGCAACAAAGGAUUGAAAGUAAAGGUCGAAGCAAAACUGAUGACCUUGAUAUGCCGCCUUUUAAACUCAAGAGACCUACGGUUGAGGAAGGCUGGGAUUUGAAUGAGAGCAUGUGCAAAGGCCCAGCAUUGAAAAGAGCUGUCUUUAUUGACAGCACCUGGAGCCAGACAACCCAAAUAGCCUCUGAUGAGCGCCUUCGGGAGUUAUUACAAGUUGAACUGAAAACAAGAAAAACUUGCUUUUGGCGCCAUCAAAAAGGGAAGCCAGAUACUUUCCUUUCCACAAUUGAAGCCAUUUAUUACUUCCUGGUAGACUACCAUGGUGACAUGCUGAAAGAGAAGUACAAAGGACAAUAUGACAAUCUUUUAUUCUUCUACUCUUUUAUGUACCGCUUGAUAAAGAAUGCCAAAGGCUCUGGAGAGAAGACAAAACCCAAACUCAUCCAUUAGUUCUGCACGCUCUGCUUGUCAUGUUGCUCUGCUGAUGUUCACAAGCUUGCGGCGGUUAGCCUGUUUACUCUGGGGGGUUAGCCUCUUUACUCUGGGGGUUAGCCUCUUUACUCUGGGGGUUAGCCUGUUUACUCUGGGGGGUUAGUCUGUGUACUCUGGGGGUUAGCCUGUUUACUCUGGGGGGUUAGUCUGUGUACUCUGGGGGUUUAGCCUCUUUACUCUGGGGAAGUCAUCGUGCUCAGUGCCUGGUAGAGGAUGGGGGUGGGGGUGUCCAGUUUUGUUCCUUUUAAAGGAAAAUUUGAAUUUUGGCAAUUUUAAAGAGAUAGUCCUGAUUAAAAGACAUAGCUUAGAAGCUAUUUGCUUGCUUUGGGCAUAUCUCAGUUGCACUACAUUUUAAUAUGUUGUGUUACAUUUAUGUGGUUGACAUUAUAUAUGGUUAGAGAUUGUCUUAUCCUUUCACUUAUACUUGCCCUCACCUUUGGAUUUUUAAACUAAGUCAGAAUCUUGGCAAAACAAAAAAAGUGAAACAUAAUUGAGGUUAGUGGCAGAAUUGGCAGAGGUAGUGUGUUGUACUGUCUCUGUAAGUCCACACUUCCUCCCCGUGCCUGGCCUCCGCUCUGGGAGAGAACUGUGCCGUCAUGGUCACAUGGUCCUGCCAGAGGGAUGCGCAUAUGACCUGUUUUGGCAAGUCAGGUGAGUACUUAGGCCCAACAGAAUCAGGUCUGUUUUGAUGUGCUAGGGACGCCAUAGGAGAUAGAAUUUAUUUUUCAAGAGUGAGCAAUGUGGGGUUAAAAUAUAAAUUUCUUCAUGUUUGAAACAUGACUCUGGGAAUAAAGGUAAGCUUGAAUUGAUUUAAGUAGGGCCAAGUCUGGAUCGGGGUGUGGCAGGGUGGAGGUGUGUGCUAAAGUUAGACUUCCCUAAGCCGAGUCUCUUGCCAUUCACGCAUUUCAGCAAAGCGUCAGAACAGUUAAAAGGUUGAAGGGAAAUCUUUGCCAUCUCACAGCGGCCAUAACCCACAUACUUCAGAUGAGAGUGCUGCACAGCCCUCUAGCAGAGGAAACCUGUAAGAACAGUGAACUGCCUGUGCUUGCCCUAUUUCUCUUUGGUAUGAUAAACUAAAAAUGGCCUUAACCUGCUGCUCCCUGCCCUUCGCCCCUUCUUUUGUUGCUCUCAAGAACCUCUCACUCUGAAUCUGAGCCACAAACAUUUCCAGGAUGGCUGUAUUUGUAUUUUUGUGGUUUGGCUGUUGACAUAUAAAUGUGCAUGGCCAUGCUCACCUGCUGGAGGGUGCAAGGUGGCCUUUAUCCUGCCCCUGUACUCCUGUGUAGUCAGGUGACAUGACAGCCACCUACCACCCACCUGACACGUGUGCAAGGAGUGCCUCACAGCACUGGCACUGAACUGGUUUUCAGCAUUGUUGUGCCAGUAUGCAGCCUAUCUGUGGAUCGGAUGCAUCUCAAGCAUCUAGGAAGGGUUUUAGCCCCAUUAUUUCUUAAGCCCUUGACAAAUGGCUUUUUCUUAGUUCCCAUCUUACACACUGGCAAUACCAGUAGGCUUGCAGGAUUCCCUGUGGCUGCCAAAAGGGCUUUGGGAUGUAAUCUGCAAUGUUAGUGGAAUUAACUAGAUUAAUGGCCUGGAUAUGUUUGGCACCCUCCUCUUCCUUCAGAGGACUGUUUCCAGCCACUCAGCCUGCUCAUCCUGACAUGACUGUUUGGUUAGGCCAAGAGACUGAUGCUGUCUCUUCAUGGACUCCAUGCCACAAUGGCAGAUGCUGUCCAGUGUGAGUCAGUUUGCUUUUGGCCCCUCCCUGCUAGUUUCUCUCCUCCUUUUCAGUGUUACCACCCAGCACCAGGCAGUCUAAUAAAGCUGCAAAUCCAAUCCUACCCUCAGGCUCUUGCAGAGAAGCCAGCUAUUCUUGGUGGGAUUUGGUCAGAAAAGCAGACAUCACUUAAAGUGUUAGCACGAUUUUUAAACAAAUGCAAUAAAGGAAUUGGGGCUUCCCUAAAGGUGAAGUUAUUGUGGGAGUAAGUCCGGAAAGCUUCAGCAGGGAAGGAUCAGAGAAAGGGACAUCAGAGCUGCUAAUACCCAGGCCUGGCUGUACAGACCUGGAAGGCUUCAGCUUGGAAGGCCUCUCAGUUACUCGUCCCACACAUCUAGACUUGGUGACAGGACCUUCUCAACCCAUUUGGAAGCCUUCAGAAGUAAUAAAAGGACUUUGCUUGGUCUUUUCUUUGAGGCCAUGUUAAUUUAGUCUUUGUCCCAGGUCUGUCUUUAAUAAUCAUAUUUUAUUUGAUUAAAAAAGAGUUUCAUUUUCAAUCCAGAACCCUAGGUUCCUUGCUUCCUCUCAGUUGCAUCGGUAUGCUGCCUCAUCUCUGAGGUUCUCUCCGUACAGUGCCUUAUCUAUUGCAGUGACUAGCAGCUGGCUUCCUCGAAACCCCCCCAAAUGUCACAAGUACAGUAGGUACAUUAGGAAAACCGAUGUCUUCCAUGUUAUGGAAGGAUGAUAUAACAAUGUUGGGUCUCAAGAUACUAAUGGUUAAGUUGUUAAUUGUUCCAGUGAAAAGUAUUGCUAAUUAUUGAAUGAACUUUAUCUUUUUUUAAUUUUUUAAAUUUUUUUGUUUGUUUGUUUUUGUU